UUCAACGCAUUGCACUACUCAGUGCCCAUUGAGGUGAAGAAGUUCACGAUGUGGGAGAAGAUCCGUGGGCUGUCCAUGUCAGGAUUCCCAAAGUCUGAGAUGGAGGACAAGUUUCUGCUCACCAAUGUCACAGGAACCAUCAAGCCCAAUACUAUGACUGCCCUGAUGGGACCCUCGGGUGCGGGUAAAAGCACUCUGCUGGAUGUCCUGGCAAUGCGUAAGAACACGGGCACUAUUGAAGGCGAGUUACUAGUGAAUGGCUCCGAACCAGGUGCAGCGUAUAAGCGUUUGGUGGGCUAUGUUGAACAGAGAGACAUCCUGCUGCCGUUUUUAACGCCAAAGGAGAUUCUGUUUUAUACCGCCCGCAUUCGCCUGCCUAGAAGUGUCGGGACGGCGUAUAUCAACGAACGCGUAGCGAAGGUCAUCAAUGAGUUGGGCCUAGAUGUGUGCCAAGACACCAUGAUAGGUAAUGCGCAGAUCCGUGGUAUCUCCGGUGGACAGGCCAAACGAGUCAACAUCGGCAUCGAACUAAUCACAGACCCGCGUGUGCUGUUCCUGGAUGAGCCUACCACCGGCUUAGACUCAGCCACGGCACUGGAGGUGAUGAUGGUCAUGCGAGACAUCACCAACAGAGGCCGUACGACCAUAGCAACCAUUCACCAGCCGUCCACGGACGUUUUCAAUCUGUUUGAUAAGCUGUGUCUGCUGGUGGCUGGCAAUGUGGUCUAUCUGGGACCGGCAGAUAGCGCUGUGUCGUACUUCGAGGACAUCGGAUUCGUGUACGACGAUGCGAUGAAUCCUGCGGACUACCUAAUCGCCGUCACGGGAAGUGGCACGGGCAAUGGAGAGAAGAUGGUGGAAGGACCAGACCUCACCCUGAAGCACUUUGUGGAGAAGUACCAGGGAUCGCAAGUGUCUAAGAACCGCAUGGAGUCCACGCUCAACCAUAAGCAGAGUCAGCUGCAACGCUUAGAGCUGAGGAGGAAAUCCUUGGUUAACACUGAGCCUGUGCGUUUCAUCAACCCGUCGACGUGGAACACAUGGCAGUGUCUCCUGCGAACCGUAGCCGGCCGCAAGAGAGAUAAGGGGUACUGGUUGAGUCGGUUUGCGCGAGUGAUCUUCAUGACCUUCCUGCUGUGCACUACCUUCCCGCAGCAGGACAAGAGUUGCUCUGCCUCUUAUAACAUUGUUUCAGUUCUUAAUUUCGGCGUUAUGGUCUUUGGCUUCGGCGCGAUGAGUUUCCUGCCGGGACUGAUGCAGACCAGAAACUUCUUCUACCGUGAGCGUCAGGCGCAAGCGUAUCAAGUGUCGUCCUUCUACGCCAGCGAGUUCCUAUCCGAACUCCCCGUCACGAUUGCUCAGGCCACCUUGUGGACUGCUCUCAAUUACCCCAUCAUCGGCUUGCGCGCGAGUGUGUCCGCAGGUCUGCUGUACUUUGUCAUUCUGGUUAUCUCGUCUGAAGUCGGGUUUGCCAUUGCCCAGUGCUUCACGUAUCUGGCGAAAGACAUGGAACAGGCCGCCGAGAUGAUGUUGCCCGUGGUGCUGUUGAAUUUCCUAUUCGCAGGGUUCUAUAUCCAACGUCCACUCAUCCCAGACUACUUCAUCUGGUGUUACUACAUAUCGUUCCUGGGCUAUGCCUUUAGUGCGUUUGGUAUCAAUCAGUGGCCGUCGGGCGAGUGUGACGGCUGGCAGUAUUGUCAGGGUGGCACCUCCAUCACCGUCUGCAACGACGUCAUUCAAUCACAAUGGGGUAUUGGUGUGGCUGGGUACUCGGAUCAGCUGUGGAUCUCCAUGGUGGGACUGUGUGGGCUGUGGGUGGUGUGGCGUAUUCUGGCUUACUUGGCCCUGCGCUUCUGCCGACACGACAAGCGCUAGAGCGUCUCUCUCUCUCUCUGCGAGACGGAGGCAGACCUCGCUCCUAGUGUCGACUGCCGCAGUUAGCUUAGCAACACUCUAGUAUUAAUCUAUUCACACCAUAGCCACUACACCUGUUCUACCUACACCAUCCCCUCCCGGAGAAGAUAAUGUGCGUGCAACCUUAGGGUUUAUGGUGUGGCCUAAAACCCUAAGUGGUUAUCAGGGCAUGUGGGAGCAGAAGGAUGGUGUGUGGGGAGCUAUGCUUAGGAGUUAUGAGGGCCAACACGGCAUUGUCUCGGGCGCCCAGUUAACAAGUUAGCAAUUAAAUACGUUUGUGAACCUUG